UCCGGGUUUGUGUCAUGUGACCCUCGCGGCUGGCCGCUGGCCCUCUUCUUUUCAGAGCAUCCGAGCGAGGGCACACACAGUACACGCACACGCACACACAUACACUGACUGGGAUUUAUCACCACCCUCGACGACAACAUGGUCACGAAAUCUUUUUGGUGACAUUAGCGCCCACCCCAGAAGGACGGAAGGUCGAACAAGACGACGCUUUAUUUUACCGAGUCAAGGAACGCCCAUGCUGCAUUUAUUGACAUCCAGUUUAUUUUAACACCCAAGAAGUUGGGAGAUUCGCGGCCAACAUGAUGUCCUCAAGCGACGACGUUCGAGGUGAAGGGUCUCUGUUCUCUGAUCAAAAUCCAUCCGAAUUGGAUGCUCUGUGUCCUUCCCCCCCAGGACCGUCAAGAACACAACGUCACUAUGAGAGGAUCGGGACACGGACGGGAACAUCUUUUUGUCAGACUCUGAUCCACCUGCUGAAGGGCAACAUUGGAACCGGGCUGCUGGGUCUGCCGUUGGCAGUGAAGAACGCAGGCCUUGUGCUGGGUCCAAUUAGCCUGCUGUGCAUGGGGGUCAUCGCCGUACACUGUAUGAGGGUGUUGGUUGACUGUUCCCACCAUCUUAGUGCAAAGGUAAACAGGCAGUCUCUGACCUAUGGCGAGGCGGUCCAGUACGGCAUGGAGAACAUUUCAUGGCUCAGAAGACACUCACAAUGGGGAAAACGGACAGUCAAUUUGUUUCUGAUCAUCACCCAGCUUGGCUUCUGCUGCGUCUACUUUGUCUUCCUCAGCGACAAUGUGAAACAGGUGGUAGAAGCGGCCAAUGCCACAACUUUCAACUGCCACAUGAACUUCAGCAACCAGACGCAAGUGCUGGUGCCCAGCUUUGACUCGCGACUCUACAUGCUCUGCUUCCUGCCCGCCUUCAUUCUCCUCGUCUUCACACCCAACCUCAAGUACCUGGCGCCGCUCUCGCUCAUCGCCAACCUGGUCAUGGCUGCCAGCCUUGUCCUCAUCUACUUUUACUCCAUCAUGCACAUCAAAUACCCCAUUGACCUUCCUGUCGUGGGCAGAGCGAAAGACUACCCGCUUUUCUUUGGGACAGCCAUAUUUGCAUUUGAAGGGAUCGGAGUGGUCCUCCCGCUGGAGAACAAGAUGCACAGACCUCAGACUUUUCCACUGGUCCUCUACCUAGGAAUGGGCAUUGUCACCUUCCUCUACAUUAGCUUGGGCACCAUUGGGUACAUGUGUUUUGGCGCUGACAUCGGAGGCAGCAUCACUCUCAACCUGCCCAACUGCUGGACCUACCAGGCUGUCAAGCUACUCUACUGUUUCGGCAUUUUCAUCACGUUUGCCCUGCAAUUCUACGUCCCGGCCGAGAUCCUCAUCCCGUCGGUUGUGGCUCGCGUGUCCGAGCGUUGGGAGACUGCUGUCGAUCUACUGCUUCGUGCUGUCCUGGUCAUCUUCACAUGUGCCCUGGCUAUCCUGAUCCCGGAGCUGGACCUGGUCAUCUCGCUGGUGGGCUCGGUGAGCAGCAGCUUCCUGGCGCUCAUCUUCCCGCCCAUCCUGCAGGUGCUGACCUUCCACGGCGAGGGUUUGUCGCCAGCGUCGCUCGCCAAGAACAUGGUCAUCAGCCUUGUGGGCCUAGUAGGCUUCCUGGCAGGCACCUACGUGGCCAUCGAGCAGAUCAUCACGCGCAACUCGCUAAAACGCGAGCUCUAACGGCCAGACUGCCGAGACUUUUUUUAUCAAGGGCAAGGUGUUUAUAUUCUUCAUGGCUGUACAUGUGUAUGUGUCCACCUUGUCGUACGCUACUCAGUCCGUCAGGUAGGUGCUUGCUUCUUCUUACGUUUGAGUUUGUUGACAUUUAGUCAUACUACCUCAACCAAUUUGGAAUGUACUGACGUGCUUGUUAGUACCUUUUAUUUACAGUUUUUGAAAGCACCUGAUCAAGAAAAUGAAAGUUGCACUUUGAUUUUGAUGCCUUACGCAGUUCAAAAGCGUUCAAAAUGAACUUUUAAGACCAUAAACGAUGUUAUUUUAGAGUGUAUUUUAACAAUAAAAAAGCAGGUUGUGCUUUGAGUUUUAAAUCAAGUUGAAACCAGUGGCCAUUUUAUCAACAGGGGUUGACCAAAGAAUUUUUCCUUUUAAUAGUUCAAACAUGACGUGAACAGCACAAAGAAUUUUGUGAGAAAACAUCAAAAAUUGCACUUUAGCAAACUUUCGCAACCUGCAAAUGGUAAAAAAGUUAAACUAUUAAGAAUAAUUUUGAUUUCACUGCCAGCAUUAAUCUCACGUUAUAUUAAUUUACCCACAGUUAACGGCACGUUUGGGUGCGGGCUUGAUUAAUUUAGUCUCAAAUUUGGAUUUAGGGUUAGUUUAAGAAUUCUAAGGGUUUUUGGGUGCCACUGGGGGGAUUACUGGAUUAAUGAACCCAAUGAAAAAUCCAAUGAAGGCCAACCCUGCAAUACACAAUUCAAUUUUUUACGCUCUUUUUGUUCUUGAACCUUAAUUUCUGAUCAUGUUCAUGUUUGCAUUUUUAACGAAAAAAAAAAACAAUGUGUGUACUGAAAAAAGUUUGUUUUUUAAUUAAGGCAGCACCUCUUUUUAGAUGGUUUGUUGUAAGUGUGAUUAAUCACAAGGUACUGUCAUUUCCAAUUCAUCAAUGUAUAGUAUUCUACUAAGUGGGAAACGUGUUCUACGGGACCCCACGCGAGGGACUAAACUUUAUUUAUUUAUGUUUCCAGCUCGCUAAAUGAUCACAUUGUUGACCGUUAAAUCACUUAGAACUGUAACACAUCGAGUAUUAACUGUUGAAUUGCACGUUUUAGUCUUUUAUUUUUUUGCAGACAAAUGCAAAGUGUUUGUGAGUUUCCAUUUCCACUCCUAAUACCCUGCCAACAAUAAAAAACACUCAAGACAAAAUUAGAUUUGAAGCAUUUUUUUCCCUUUUAGUUUAAAAAAGGAAUUUUUAUGUAAGGGUGGGAAACUUUGGAUACAAGGGGUGUGACAAAAUAUCCAAAUGGUAAUACAGUGGGGCAAAUAAGUAUUUAGUCAACCACUAAUUGUGCAAGUUCUCCCACUUGAAAAUAUUAGAGAGGCCUGUAAUUGUCAACAUGGGUAAACCUCAACCAUGAGAGACAGAAUGUGGAAAAAAAAAAAACUGAAAAAUCACAUUGUUUGAUUUUUAAAGAAUUUAUUUACAAAUCAUGGUGGAAAAUAAGUAUUUGUUCUAUACCAAAAGUUCAUCUCAAUACUUUGUUAUGUACCCUUUGUUGGCAAUAACGGAGUCCAAACAUUUUCUGUAACUCUUCACAAGCUUUUCACACACUGUUGCUGGUAUUUUGGCCCAUUCCUCCAUGCAGAUCUCCUCUAGAGCAAUGAUGUUUUAGGGCUGUCGUUGGGCAAC